AUGACAGAUGAUUACAGUGAAAGUGAUGUUGAUGAAAAAUACCUUGGUCUUGUGCGGGAGCAGCUGCCAGAGUUCCUUCAAAUUAAAGAGAAAGACAAGACCGAAACCUCACACAUCAAAGAAGAAGAAGAGGAGUAUGAUAUAACCAAAUUGCCAUUGACUCUUGUCCCUUUGAAGAGUGAAGAUGAAGACAAUGGUUGGAGUGGCGGGAACCAAGGGAUGGAGCCUCCAGGCAGGAGCUUAAGUCUUCUCAUGGCAGAAGGUGAUGAAGUGUGUAACCUAAUAGCGCCGCUAUCAGAUAGUGAUGACGUUGCUGACACGGAUGAUGACAUUGACAUUGUUGAAGAAAAUCUCCACCCAGCGAUACGUGAGUCAGAUUUCCCUAACGUUAAAAAGGAAGAGGAAGAGUACCCAAUGUUGAAAGAGAAAGGAAGUCCAGAGACCCCUUACAUGAAAGAUAAAGAGGAGCUAGAGCCCCUGAACUUCAAAAACGAAGAGGAGUAUGAUAUCACCCUUGUCCCUUUGAAGAGUGAAGAUGAGUAUAUGAGUGAAGAGAAUAGCGGGGCGGAGCCUUCAAGCAGCAGCUCAAGUCAACAUGUAACAAUGGAAAGUGAUGGAGACCACUGUGGACAAUCACAAGGUGGUUGCCUCAUAGCUCCACUAUCAGAUAGUGAUGACACAGCGUCACAUUCUCCUGACACAGAAGAGGAAGAUUAUGAACACCUGAAACGUUACAUGACAUCCCACACUAAUAACAAAUGCUGGAAAUGUUCUCAGUGUGGGAAAAGUUUUACUUUAAAAGAAAAUUUGAACGUUCACAUGAGAAUACACACUGGAGAAAAACCUUUUGUCUGCUCAAUUUGUGGGAAAAGAUUCUCCGUAAAGCUGAGUUUAACAAUACACACAAGAACACACACUGGAGAAAAACCUUUUUCCUGCUCAGUUUGUGGGAAAAGAUUCUACGAUGCGGGAACUUUAAGAAUACACACAAGGACACACACUGGAGAGAAACCGUUUGCAUGCACAAUUUGUGGCAGAAGCUUCUCUGGAAAGUCAAGUUUAACAACACAUACAAGAACACAUACUGGAGAGAAACCUUUUGUCUGCUCACUUUGUGGUAAGAGCUUCUCUGAAAGGGCAACUUUAAUAAUGCACACAAGAACGCACACUGGCGAGAAACCUUUUGUCUGUUCAAUUUGUGGGAAAACCUUCUCGAUGAAGAGUAGUUUAAAAUCUCACACAAGAACCCACACCGGAGAGAAACCUUUUUCCUGCUCAAUUUGCGGUCAAACAUUCUCUGUAAAUUCAGUUUUAACUAAACACACGAGAACGCACACAGGUGAGAAACCUUUUAGCUGCUUAAUUUGUGGUAAAAGCUUCUCUGGAAAGUCAAAUUUAACACAGCACGCAAGAACACACAGUGGAGAAAAACCUUUUGCCUGUUCGGUUUGCGGUAAAAGCUUCUCUGAAAAAUCAAAGGUGAGAAUACACUCAAGGACGCACACUGGCGAGAAACCUUUUUCCUGCUCAGUGUGUGGUCAAAGUUUCACUGAAAAAGGAAGUUUAACACUACACACUAGAAUACACACUGGUGAGAAACCUUAUGCCUGCUUAAUUUGCGGCCAAGCUUUCACUGUAAAGUCAAGCUUAACAACUCACACAAGAACACACACGGGCGAAAAACCAUUUCUCUGCUCAGUUUGCGGGAAAAGCUUCUCUGAUAGGUCAAGUUUAAAAUGUCACACAGUAACACACACUGGUGAAAAACCUUUUACCUGCUCAGUUUGUGGUCAAAGUUUCACUCAAAAGGGACGUUUAACAGCACACAUCAAAACACACACUGGCUUUCUUCCGCAGUUAGUGCUGAACGCACGGAAGCCUCGACUUAGUACGGCUAUCACCGCUUUACGACCUUAA